GCGAGUGCGAGGCCGGCUAGUGAAUACGGCCGGCCGGUUCUGUACUGAUGAGUCACUAACCCUUUUUGUAGGCCAGUAAUACAACAAUGUUGUAAGGUGUAUUUUUAGGGAUUUGUCACAGUUUUCUUGCCAGCGUGUAAAGUAGCGGUAAUUUUGCACCGACUACUUCAAAUUUUGAAACCGCACAAGCGGGUCGCUCAAAGAAUUUGACGUGACGCAUGAUGUGAACUCGGUGUUGGUGUUGCGUUUCACUUCUUUAGAACGUGAUCGAGUUCAUUUCAUCAAGUCUCAGGAUGUCACCCCCACCCCACAAUGCGGACAACCCGACCCUCCUGCAGGAGCCGCUGGAGGGCUCUCCUGCAUCCAAAGUGGCAGCCUCGCUGUGCCCCGAUGACCAGUCCCCAGCGGACGAUGCGCAAGACACCGUCACCGAUGUCUCCAUGUCUCAAGACGAAGACACUGACAGUGAUGAAGCCGACCGUGCCAUCGGUCUGACCUUGUUGACCCUGCCUCCCGAGCUGCUGCUCAACAUUAUCUCCUUCCUGGAUGCCAGGGUGGUUAUUCGCCGCCUGAGCUUGGUCUGCAAGCACCUGCACCGGCUGAUUGCCAACGAUGCCACCUGGAAGAUUCGCAUUAGCAAACGGUGGCCAAAGCAGUACCCAGUCGUACCAGUUGACGAUGAUAAGUUCAACUGGCAGUUUGCUUGCUUGGAACGCGAGGAGCAGUACAGACGAUGGUCAGAGCCAUCUAGAAUGGAGCACUUCAAGUUGACAUCAGGCCACUUUGCAGAGAUUGACUCGGUCCAUCUGAUGCAGGGCGGUGACCUAUGUGUGUCAGGGUCCAGGGAUCGCUCGUUCCACCUGUGGGACAUCAGCAAGCUGAAUGCAAGAAAUUAUGAGGAAUCUGUGGAGGCUUCCAAGCUGAAGUCUGUUGAUGACCACAAGGGAUGGGUGUGGCACAUCACAUCACAGGACAACAUCAUUUGUACGUCGUCAUGGGACCAGUGGAUAAAAUUAUGGGAUAUCAAUGCCGACUGUGGGUUCGUACAGGGAUUUAGGGGAAGUUCUGCCUUCUUGUGCUCUGUGUUACAUCAGUAUGAAGUCCAUGCCGGUGCUUACGAUAAACACGUCUACGUGUUUGACAGAAGAGAUCGUCACCAAGGAAGCACCAGCAAGCUGCGAUUGCACAAGAUGCCAGUACUGUGCUUAGCCUCCGACAACGAUUACAUCAUAUCGGGAAGCGAGGACAGGACGAUAGCCGUAUUUGACCGCCGGGCUGGGAAAAUCCUAAAAAAAAUUGAGCUGGAGAAGUUCCCCAUGUGCAUGUCCUACGGCCUGGGUCAGCUCUGGGUGGGCAGGAAGGAUGGCCAAGUGACCGUCAUCGACCCCACCCAGGGGAAAUUUGACAUAGUACAGACAUACGACGUCGGGCAUACGAGCAAAGUAACUGGUAUCCUGCACAACUUGGGAGCCGUCAUAACCUGUUCAGUAGAUAACAGUAUCAAGAUUCAUGAGCCAAAUCAUGAUCCCUCCACCAUCCACACCAUCGAGCACACAUCGUCGAUUUCCUCCAUCCACUUGAAGAACGACAUCCUGGCGGCAGGCGGCAGUGACCUGUGCGUCAACAUCUGGAGGCCGACACCAGAUGAAGACUGAAAAUGAUCCCGCUCUGGCUAAGCAGCGGAAUGAGACAGCAGUACUUAGCUGACGUGUCUGUCUAGGUCUCAGUUGGCCUUCCGUGGUAUUUACACAACCCUUGGCUUUCAUGUAUAUUGUCAGGGAUGCAUGCCAGUUUUCAGGCAAAAGCUGGAUUUCAGGUUUUUUCAUUUCCAAUGAUUGGUCUACUCUCAGGCCAUAAGCAACGUAUGUUUAGGUUUCUCUGGCCGUAUUUUCAGGCUCGGGACUAGGAACUUAUGUAGUGGCAUCCCUGUAUUGUGGCCUUGAAGUUGUCAAAAAGAGAGAAUUACUCUUAAGACUGGUUCGUAAGCAGCAUGACGCAAAUGUGAAUUUGUGAUGUCGCAUCCACUUUCAUGUACAUGUAGCUCAUUUCAUCAUCGGUAGAGAGGCAAGCAUUUACAAUUAGCGGUUGAUUCUUGGGUAUUAUAUGGGCAGUGUGUCUUCUGCCUGCUCAAUUUGGACAGUUCACUGGUAGUCCACCGUGGAAUUAGUUUGGCAAGAGGCUGUGAGUUUUACCAACACAGCCGAUAUUAACAAAGUAUUCGAGGGGACACUUCAUGCAUGAGAUGCUGAGUUCCAAGAAAACAUCUCACAGUCUGUUGAAAGAACUAUCACAGUGUCAGAGCUGCCGGAAAACUCUAACAAGCCGUGUGUUGUGUCUCUGCGCAUGAUCUCUGUAAUGCUAGCAGAACUCGGGUUGCAUUUGUUCUCUGCAGAUGAUACAACUGUCUUUUGUCACACAUGGCAGAAAUUUACAGGCGUGUUGGAUAUUUGGCAACGGCAUCAGUGACAAAAGACUAUGGUAAAAUUGACCGAGCCUGUGAACUUUCUGCCUAUGCAGCUGGUCAUGAGUGAAUUUUGUGUAAGUUACCUCGAGUGUGGCAUGCUUGAUAUGAAAUGUCAGCUGUAUACCUAGCACAGUACUGUUCUUGGCAAAUGCAUGUGUUGUGAUACGUGCGCUUGGUGUACAUCUACAUUCCAGUCUUAGCUCAUUGCAGAUAAUGUACGUGCUGGUUUUUGUAAACCCAAUUUUUUGUGCCGGGUAAUAACGUUAAUUUUAAUAAUUGCAUUUUGCUCUCCACUAUUUUGUGAUCACAUGACACAUUACGCAAUAAAAGGGGGGCCAGCCAUGUUUUUAGUGUUUCCCCUUUGGUUUUAAUUUUCUAUAUUUCAACACCCAAAUCUGUUUAUGGGUAAUUCCAGAAAUUAGGGGUCCAAAAGCAUGACGUUUUUCUGUCCCUGUUACAUCUAACCUUUG